UUUAAACACCCCACGAGGCCGGGGGCUUCUUCCUCGUCUCGCUUUCAUGUACAGCUCACUUUCUUGGCCUCCCCCCUUUCCAGCUCGGUUAGCUAACUCAUGGUCGCCUCAUCCCCUCGCCCAACUCCACAUCUUUGCAUGGCUUUCAUGGCACUUCCAGUCGCCUAUGUAUAGCAAUAGCUAGCCCGCCGCCUUCUUCGUCGUCAGCGGUCAGUCACCCUGUCGAUCUCAGGGUACACAUAUUCCUCGAUCAGAUCAUAUAUAUAGGAUCGUGUUCCGAUCCAAAAAGGCCAGCAUCUACAUGAUGCAGGAUUUGUUCUCGGUCCCGUCGUGCUUCUCGGCCGGCGAGAAGCUCCCGGACGUCCCGGCGCCCGCGGCGGCAACCAGGUCGGGGCAGAGCGCGGUGACGCUGGUCUACCGCGCCGGGAUCGCCGGCCACGACCGCCUGGUGACGGUGACAUGGUGCAGGAACCUGCUCACCCACGGCCUGUCCGUGUCGAUCGAAGGGUCGGCGGGCGCCGGCAAGGACAAGACCGGCAGGGAGUGGGGAGAGGCCGGCGGCGGCGGCGGCGGUGGCGCAGCCUCCAAGAGCUGCAGCAGCGCCUGCAAGGUGGAGAUGCAGCCGUGGCACUUCUGGCGCAAGUACGGCGCCAAGCAGUUCCAGGUCGACGGCAAGGCGAUCGACGUCGUCUGGGACCUCAGGAGCGCGCGGUACUCCGAUGAGCCCGAGCCGCUGUCGGACUACUACGUCGCGGUGGUCUCGGGCGAGGAGGUCGUCCUCCUCCUCGGCAACCUCAAGAAGGAGGCGUUCCGGCGCACCGGGUCGCGGCCAUCGCUCCAGGACGCAGUCCUCGUGUGCAAGAAGGAGCACGUCUUCAGCAAGAAGCGGUUCCUCACCAAGGCCAGGUUCCACGAGAAGGGCAAGCUGCACGACAUCAGCAUCGAGUGCAGCAGCGGCAACCUCAACGGCGGCGUCGACGUCGACAUGGUGAUCAAGAUCGACGGCUCCGUGAACGUCCUCGUCAGGCACCUGCAGUGGAAGUUCAGGGGCAACGAGUGCAUCUCCAUCGACCAGCUCAAGGUGCAGGUGUACUGGGACGCGCACGACUGGCUCUUCGGCACAGGGAUGAGGAACGCACUGUUCAUCUUCAAGCCCGAGCUGCCGUCGACCUCUGCUGACUUCCACACUGACGAGUGCUCUGAUUUCUGCCUCUUUCUGUACGCAUGGAAGGUUGAGUGAGUGAACUAGGAUCCUACACUUGUUACUACAUUACAGUGGACAUCUCUUACCAUGUUAUGAACCAAUAAUUCAUAUCAUGUAAUACUGAUGGAUUGGGAGGUGAAAGUGUAUGGAAAUGAUUGCGGCCAUCUUCUUUCUCAUUCCUUCCCGUGGGAGUGUGCUGUGCACAUGGAGGAUUGGACUGGAGGGGCACACAGGAUAGUCCUGGGGAUUAGAAACAGGCUGGUCCUGAUAGAGAAACAUUACAGGCAGGAUUCGCAAUGCCAUGGCCUUUCCCAAUCAUGCAUUCAUGCUGAAUUAUCCUGGGAAAGUCCAGCUAAGAGCUGGUCCCUCUCCAAUGCAGUACUCUGCUUAUUCUCUCUUA